AUGAAGUCAUUUUGGGCUUCCUACAGAUCUUUACCACCUAAAACACGCGUUUAUCUUGGUUUAGGCGGAAUAACAUUAGCUUUAACUGGUCAUUUUGUUAGUGACUGGUUAGAGAACAAAAUCCCUGUAGAUUCUCAACAAACUAGUGACAGUGCCUCAUCAAGUCAAACAAUCAACACUUCCCAAUAA